AAGAAUGCUUUUGUCUCUGGAGGAAAUGGCAGAAGGCAUCAUGUCUUAUAUCAUAGGUAAAAAUGCUUUUGUCUCUGGAGGAAAUGGCAGAAGGCAUCAUGUCUUAUGUCAUAGGAUUCAGAAGGAAGCCUGUAAGCUUGCAGUGCAGAGACUUACAAAGUGUUGUGAAUAUAACCUACCAGGUCAGAAGACUCCUGACGUCAUGAAUGAGGUGAUAGCGGCAUGUCUACAGAAUAUUGUCACGCUGAUCAAAAAGAAUCCUGAAAAUACAUCCUCAAUUGUCACUGAUCAUCUGCUAUCAACAUCUGCAAUUGUCAAAGCUGUUGGAACCAAACCGCUUUCAUUGUCCCCAUCACUCAUUCAAGCCUGGAAAAGUUUGGUGAGAAAUGGGCUGAGGAUCUGUUACCAGUCUACAGAUAUGCUCCAGCUCUUGACUCGUCUGGUGAAAAUGAUCUACAGCAAUGCUAAGGGUGUGAAUCAAGAAGUAGAUGCAGAGAUCAACAACCCUCUUCCAUUACCAGUUCUCUAUCAAAUUGUCCUGAGUCAUUCUUUGUUUCUGCCAACACUCCUUGAAGAUUGUGAUGGAAAUAUGCCAACUAAAGAAUCAUUGGUAUUGUUGAUGUUGGCCAUAGUUGAAUUGGAGCCAAGAUGCUGUCAGGAAGCUCAUUAUGCUGUACUCGUUGGAGCAUACAACGUCACCAGAAAUAUUACUGACACUACCUUGAUGAAGCUAAUGCAACAUUACCAGAAGAAUCAAGCUGUUCCAUCUCAUUACAAGCUGACUGCAUGGGGACAUGCUGCAGUAUCUCAACAUCAAAUGCAAAAAGCCUUAGGGAAAUCACUAUGGCAACAACCCAGCAUGAAGGAAAUUCUUAAGCAGCUGGAGACAGAUGUGCUUAAAGAUUCAGCAUUGCACUUUCCUCUUCAUUGCAAGUUAUUGGCAGAGACUCCUUCUGAUCCGUCAGCAAGUCAGAUUUCAUCUCAGCUCUAUGAUCCCUGCUUCCUGUAUCCCUUGUUUAGUCAUCUCCUUGCACCAGGUGAGUGGAACUUAAAACUUUAUCUAAGUAAAGAAAAUUAGAGUCAAAUAAAAUCUGUAGGUUAUUAUUUGCUGGUAGUAAUACGUACAUGUAUUGCUUUGCCUCGGAAUUCUUUGUCUUCAAUCUGUGUAUGGAAUUCAUCACCAUAUUCCUGUUCAAGUUCAACGUGAACAAACGUUUUUCAUAAUGAACAUGACACACCUUGUUUAACCACCUUUGAUAAUUUCAUGACAAUAAAGGAAUCUGUCAGAUAGUUGAAUGGUUUGCCUCUCAUAUUGACUACCCAGAUGGAGAGGCUGUCUCCUUUCUGUGUUGCGAAUAUUGAAAUGUUUUUCAUCAUGGCACCAUUAUCAAACAUUGGAAACAAAUACUGUUCUCAGUAUUAUUUGGACAUUCAUUCAAAAAGAAAAAAACACAGAAUAAAAAUACAUGGAUAAAUAAUACAUGUACAUGUUUAUAGAGCCAUUACCUGGUUUGUCCACUUGCAUUUUGUGAAAAACGUCUUUUUGUUGAUGAAUUCAAAAAUAUAAGGUUGCUAACAGCAUUACCAAUUUUCCUCUUUGACAUGGAAUGCAUAAGUUAAUAUCUCUAAAAUAAUUAGAAAUGAUUUCUAGGCUUUCUUUAUUUGUAAUUAUCAAUAGCAAAUUGAAGCAUUUGAUACAGAGUUGUCAAAAAUA